AUGACCAGAGUCCUGCUGACUGGUGGUAGUGGCUUCAUCGCCACACACAUCCUUCGGCUGCUCCUAGAGAGAGGACAUUCAGUGGUCACUACUGUCCGUAACCAAGCCAAAGCCGACACCAUCAGGGCGUCGAAUCCCGGCUUCGGUCCCGAAAAGCUAGACUUUACCAUCGUUCCAGAUGUGGCUCAACCUGAUGCCUUUGACGAAGCUGUCAAGUCCGAUGCUCCUUUUGAGGCCGUAAUUCACACCGCCAGCCCAUUCACGUUCAAUGUGACGGACAUCCAAGCCGACCUGCUCGACCCAGCGAUCAACGGGACGACGGGCAUAUUACGUGCGAUCAAGAACGGCGCUCCAUCCGUGAAGCGAGUUGUGAUCACAUCGUCUUUUGGUUCUAUGAUGGAUAUCUCCAAGGGCCUGUGGCCCGACCACAACUACGACGAGAAGGACUGGAACCCAAUAACGCUCGAUCAAGCCUUAGAGAACCCGGGGUUCGGUUACUCUGCAAGCAAGACCUUCGCUGAGAAGGCCGCUUGGAGUUUUGUAGAGAACGAGUCUCCAGGCUUCACCCUAUCAACCAUCAACCCUCCGCUCGUGUUUGGCCCGGCCGUGCAGGAGCUGGCUUCGCUUGACGCGCUCAACACCUCGAAUCAGUUCAUCAGGAGCUUCAUUCUUGGUGCCGCGAAGAAGGAAAUUCCCCCUACAACGAACCCCAUUUUCGCGGACGUUCGCGACGUAGCUUUCGCUCACGUCAUGGCCAUGGAGAAGGAAGAGGCAGGAAACCAGCGCUUCUUCAUCACCGGGGGCUACUGCUCCAACCGCCAGAUCAUCGACAUCAUCCGCAAGAACUUCCCCGAGUACAAGUCAGCACUCCCUUCGAAGUGCACUAAGGGUGGAGAACUGCCGGACAAGGUUUACAAGGUGAACAACCAAAGAAGCAUCGAUGUUCUCGGAAUCAAGUACAGGACCUUCGAGGAAUGCGUGGUGGACACUGUUCGGUCGUUUGGUACAGUCGACAAUUAG